AUGCAUACCCUUUAUGCCAAGACUGCUGGCCAAGACGGCAGCACCUUCACCAAGACUAUUCACAAGACAACCUAUCCGACCAUCGACCCUGCCCGCCCAGAGCUAUCUCAAGCUGGACGGACGGUUGUGAUCACUGGCGGCUCUGCGGGAAUUGGUUUCGCUAUCGCGCAGGGUUUCGCCCAGGCCGGUGCCAAACACAUCAUCAUCCUCGGCCGGCGCCAGAACGUCCUCGACGAAGCCGUGUCGCAGCUUCACAAAGAGUACCCUUCUGUGAAAAUAGACGGUCGCCAAUCUGACGUAGCCAAUCUUGACGAGACGGAUGCGCUGUGGAAGAGCUUCGAGAACGAUGGCAUCUUCGUUGACGUGCUGGUCCUCAACGCCGCACUUGUCUCAGCUGGUAGCCCUAUUCUGGAGCUGGGUCGCGAUGAGAUCUGGAGCCAGUACCUUGUAAACUUCCUUGUCAGUCUCUCGACAGAAGCUGCCCAUAACUUUGCCAGGGCGUCUCUUUGGCCCGCGUACAGCACGACCAAGAAUGCGGGCACCAUGCUCCUGCAGCGAAUCGCCAAUGAUACGCCUGCCGAGAAGAUGCAAAUCAUCAAUUUUCACCCGGGUGUUGUUUACACGGAUGUCUUCAAGCCUUUUGUUCCCAGAGACAUUUACCCAUUUGAUGAUGAGAAGCUGGGCAGUCACUUUGCUGUGUGGGCAGCUUCUGACGAAGCUCGGUUCCUGCAUGGUCGCUUCGUCUGGGCUGCCUGGGAUAUUGAUGAACUGAGAACGGGUGAGAUCAAGAAGAACAUCGAUAAUAACCCAGAGUUUCUCCAGGUUGGCAUCGUUGGACUACAACAGUGA